AGGGCCGUUCUUUGGACUGGAUAGCUGACUGGAAUCGAUUCUCUUUCCCUUUGAGAUUGAAGAUGUCUGAUCUCAGCCAGGUCUCUGUUUACUCCGACUCUUCUGACAUUUAUAAGAAUGUCUUCUGUAAUCCUGCUUUUGAGCUGGGAGGGGAGCAGGAGGAGAGGAUGGAGGGAUUCAGGACAUCCUCAUCCACCCCUGAACCAAUCAAACCCCCAGCAGCCAGUCGAGGUUUUCUGGAAGUGUGCUUGAUGCGUUUCCGUAGUGCGGGCGGUGGAUGGGGGGUGGUGGUGGUCUCUGCCGCUGCCCUGCUCCUGUUAACAGCCAUCGGAUUGGCACUGGCUCUUAUUCUAACUCAGCUGAGGGACCAGAUAAUAGAUGAUCGGCUGGCUACAUCCUCUGUAGGCCUGCAGAGUACAGGACAUGAAGUUUCCCACACUUCACCCACGGUACCUUCAAAUAUCAGCCGCAUAGGCAGCACAGCCUCAGCACAGCCUGCCAGGAUCCCCAGGCCUGAAACAAGUUGCGGAGGCGUUAUGACUGACUUAGGGAACAGUUUCAGUUCUCCAAACCACCCGGGCCCCUACCCCCCAAACUCACAUUGCGUCUGGGUGAUCCAGGUUCCACCUCCUCACUUGGUUCAGAUUCGUAUUUCCUCUUUAGCAGUGGAGGGACCGUCCCCCUGUCUGUUUGACUGGUUGGAGGUUCAAGAACAGAUCGAGGAGACCUCUGUUUUCACCAGGUUCUGUGGUAGUGUGGCCCCUCCAACGCUCAACACCAACAGCAGUACCGCGUGGGUCACCUUCCACUCUGACGGCAGCAUCGGCGGUAACGGCUUUGCUGCACAGUACAGAGCCGUCCUGCCUGCACAAAAGAGCUGCAGUAGUGAAGAGUUAAUGUGCGACGGAGGCCGCUGCCUUCUGCCCGUGUCUGUGUGUGAUGGUCACCCAAACUGUAACGACCAAACAGAUGAGGCGUACUGCAGCCAGAAGAAGAAAGAAUGUGGAGGCCAGAAGUCUGGAAACUAUGGGUACCUGGCAAGUCCAAAUCACCCCAGGCCUUAUCCUCAUCAACUGUUGUGCAUGUGGUAUAUAUCUGUGGACGAGGGUCACGUCAUCAACCUGAGCUUCAGAAACUUUAGCCUGGAAACCCAGGAUGUGUGUGAGUUUGACUAUGUUGAAGUUCAUGACGGCGGCAGCAUUGGAGCCGGGAGGGUUUUAGGAAGGUACUGUGGCACCACCUUCCCACCAGACCUCACCUCCUCUGGCUCCCACAUGACAGUGGUGUUUGUCGCUGAUGAGGGUGUGGCCGACAGCGGCUUUAACGCCACAUACCAGGCCAUCUCUGUGCUGAACAAAACAUGCCGCCCUGAUGAGUUUUCCUGCAGCACAGGGGUGUGUCUCCACCAGCAGCUGCUGUGUGACGGCUGGAACGACUGCCCAGAUGGAGCUGAUGAGCAGAGCUGUGGUAACUCCACCUACCCUCCUUUCACUUCCUCGUGUGAGAUCAUAGAGGUGGAGAUGUGUCAGGGCCUCAGUUACAACAUCACCUCAUUCCCCAACAUAUGGAUGUCCAUCUCUGACCAGAGGGAGGCUGCCACACUUCUAAGACAAUACAGGGUGCUAAUGGAGAUGACAUGCUUCGAGCCGCUACGGAAGCUGGCGUGCGGGAUGUUCCUUCCUCAGUGCAGCCCUCAGGGUGGCGUCCUGCAGCCCUGCCGCUCGGUCUGCUCCUCUGCCGAGCAGCAGUGCAGCCGGGCCUUAGACCUCCUCUCCUUUAGCUGGCCUUUCAACUGCCACCUCUUACCGGACUCAGAAGACCCUGUGGAGUGCUCCCAACCUUAAACCUGUUACUGCA